AUGUCCGAACCUGACCUUGACCUCAACCUCGACCUCGGCCUCGACCUCGACCUCGACUACGACUUCAACUACUACUCCGACUCCGGCUCCGAAUUCGACUUCGACACUUACCCCCAGGAGUUAUCACAAAACAAAGAGAUAACAGUCUGCCAAACCUCUACCUUACUGAAUCUUCCCAGAGAAGUCCGAGACGAGAUUCUCAAAUACGUACUCGCCCCGGAAACCGGCGUGCAAGUUGUGAUCGAGGCCAAGCCCAACACUCAGCCCAUCAUGGACAUCAUUAUCAAGCCCAGAACCUUACCCCUCCGGCCCCCUUACGGCAGCGGCGACUUCGAGCAGACACCCUUCAGACGCAAGACAAAAUGGGCUGCCAACUUCCUGAAACCCCUAUGCAGACAACUGUACAACGAGAGCCGAGACGCCAUCUUCGAGGCCAAUGAGACAAUUGAUUUGGUAUGCUUGUGCCAAUUCAGGCCUUCGGUCCACGAGUUGAAAGUCUUGUUCGGCCAGAUGAGCGGGCCUGCGAGACGGAAUUUGCGCCGUGUGAUUGUGAUUGGGAACAACUGGCAGUACAUCGAGGGUGAGACUAAGUGCGCCGACUUUCCAAAGUACGUGGAGAACUUUAGGGGAGUCUGUGAGGAGUACCCUCAUGUCAAUAUCACGAUACAAGCUCCAUGCAUGUGGUCAUUAGCUUGCAAGUGGCUCGAUAUUGCUAUUGGACUGCACUGUGCGAUCCGGGGUCCAAGUGCACUGUCUCAUUUGCUGUGGCAAAGUCCCGAUCCAUUGACGAUUGACCGACUAGACACUUUCGCUCUGUUGUUCGGGGACGGCACAGUUAAGGUGCCAGGAAACAUGCGGUUCGAAUUUGCCCUUGACGAUUAUCCGCAAGACUAUGUUGAGGCGGAGCUGGAGAAGUAUGAAGAAAUGGGACUGGUGCCGUCACCGGAGGCGAUGCUUGAGUUGAAGCAGGCUGCUAGGCGAUUGUAUGAUGAGGGUAUUUGA